CUUCUGCGUGUUGCUGUGGGUGGAUGCUCAGCUCCUGUUUUUGGCAAUGUGUUCCCGCCGAAGGCGUGUUCCGCAAAAGUGCUGUGCUUGCGAAUGUUUAGAACCCACCAGGUGCUUGGGUCUCAGGCAGCUCCAAAGCCAGAUCUGCAUUAGUACAGAAAAGACUUAAAAUAGAAAGAACGCUCUUAAAUCAUGUCAGCAGCGUACUUGAGUCAGUUGCAGCACAAUUUUAGACUGGCUUUAUAGGGCUUACACAGAAGGUGUUUGUGUUUAUUAUGAAUACUUUGGGUCCACAUAGUUUUUGUUUUUAGAGAGUUUGAGCUGCUGGUAAUACUUUCCUUGCUUGAAGGAAAUAUUUACAUAAAUGCUUUUCUUAGUUCACGUCCCGAGUUCCCCAUUAGUUUUGGUAAUGCAGCUCUUUCCAUGCAUGUGAGAGAAAAUACAGACCUCACAAAGACAGCAUCUGCUAGCAUAAGUAUAUAUAGACAUUAUUAUCCCAUCCUGAAAAAAAUCUCUUAACUUUGUUUAAGAAACACUUACAUUGUAUCACUUCAAAAAACUAUUGGUCUGUAUCUUCACGAGUAGGGUUUGUUAGUGUAUUUGUACAAAUUGCAUUUCAGCAGAUAAUGGGAAAGUUCAGGUAUUUCAGGGAAAAAAAAAAAAACCAAACUGGGAAAGGGGGCACCCUUGUUUCCAGUUUCUAACAUGAGCCUGGUACAUGAAGAUCAGAACUGACAAUUUUUUUCUCUAUUCUAUACUGUAUAUAACCUGACAGUUGGAAGGAAGACUGAAGAAUACCUAAUGCAGGUUUAAUGCUAUUUUUGCCCAUUGUUACUGCAUGGGUCAUGUGUCCCUUGGAAUUUAGAGACCCUGCUUCUGUGCAGAUGUAGGAUCUUAGUCUGCAAAAGAUUAAUGUGGAGAGUUGGACUGAUUGCACACAUGACAUUUGAUUCUUCCGAAUGCAGACAGUAGGUAACUGCAUUAGGUACUCGAGAGUAUAAGGAAAGUAGUGCUGUUGGAAACAAAGACACAAAAGUAGCAUGUAGUAGUUCAGAGAAGCCUGUGUUGUGUAGAAUUUGUGGCAGUAUUAACAAUAAAUGGUGCAUUUUGUGGUCCUUUCAACUUGGUGACUGAAGAUUUUGGGACUUCCGAAGAAAUGUCAUGAGGGGAAGUUUCUUUGCUCUGAGGGCUCCUGAUAAAUCUGUAUUACAGUUGCAUGCUGAAACCAGAAUUUCUUUGAUAGAUUUGAGAUUCUCUCAAUUUUUUUCCCAUGUUAAAUGUCUGAAUGAAAGAGACAUCUGUCAGUCUUCAUAUGGCAGAUUGUCCCUUGGUUGGGAACAUAAACUGGAACAUAGGAAACUAGGUUCAAAGUUCUUUCUGAAAUAUCCCAGCACAGGUUUCAUUCCUGCUUCUAAAAGACAAGAGAGCUCAUUUCUACCGAGUUGAUUUAGUGAAAAUCAGAAGCAGGACUUUUUUGUGUAGUAAUUAGAAGAGAUGAGGAGAAAGUCUCUUCAAAUGACAUGGGAAUUCCGUAUAAACAACUGACUGUGGGUGUCCCCAAGGAGAUAUUUGAGAAUGAGAGGAGAGUGGCUCUGUCACCGGCUGGAGUUCAAGCCUUGGUUAAGCAAGGCUUCAAUGUUGUGGUGGAAUCUGGUGCUGGAGAAGCUUCUAAAUUUUCUGAUGACCAUUACAGAGAAGUUGGAGCAAAGAUCCAGGGGACCAAGGAAGUCCUGGCUUCUGAUUUGAUUGUGAAAGUGAGAGCUCCUAUAUAUAACUCAUCUCUAGGUGUACAUGAGGCAGAUCUUUUCAAGCCAGCAGCGACCCUGAUUAGUUUUAUCUACCCAGCACAAAAUCCAGACCUGCUGAAAAAACUUGCGGAAAAAAAAGCUACUGUCUUGGCUAUGGAUCAGGUUCCACGGGUCACCAUUGCUCAGGGAUAUGAUGCACUCAGCUCCAUGGCCAACAUUGCUGGUUACAAGGCUGUGGUCCUGGCAGCAAAUCACUUCGGUCGAUUUUUCACGGGUCAAAUCACAGCUGCUGGUAAAGUUCCUCCAGCAAAGGUGCUGAUCAUUGGAGGAGGGGUUGCUGGCCUGGCUUCUGCAGGAGCAGCAAAAUCGAUGGGUGCAGUGGUUCGUGGGUUUGAUACUAGAGCUGCAGCCCUGGAGCAAUUCAAGUCUCUUGGAGCUGAGCCUUUGGAAGUAGACAUAAAGGAAUCUGGAGAGGGACAAGGUGGUUAUGCUAAAGAAAUGUCCAAAGAAUUUAUUGAAGCUGAAAUGAAACUCUUUGCCAAACAGUGCCAAGAUGUUGAUAUUAUCAUCACUACAGCACUUAUUCCAGGCAAAAAAGCUCCAAUCUUGUUUAAGAAAGGUAUGAUUGAAUCAAUGAAGGAAGGUUCAGUUGUUGUGGAUUUAGCUGCAGAAGCAGGAGGAAAUAUUGAGACUACAAAGCCUGGAGAAAUGUAUGUUCAUAAGGGUGUUACACACAUUGGGUACACAGAUCUGCCUAGCAGAAUGGCUACUCAGGCCAGUACCCUGUAUUCUAAUAAUAUUAUCAAACUUCUAAAAGCUAUUAGUCCUGACAAAGAGAACUUCUACUUUGAUCCAAAAGAUGACUUUGACUAUGGGACUCUGGAUCAUGUUAUUAGAGGAACUGUAGUAAUGAAGGAUGGCAAAGUGAUUUUCCCAGCACCUCCACCAAAUAACAUUCCUCAGGGAGCGCCAGCGAAACAGAAGACUGUAGCAGAGUUGGAAGCAGAAAAAGCAGCUACUGUUACACCUUUUAGAAAAACCAUGACUACUGCAUCUGUAUACACAGCAGGUUUAGCUGGUAUGUUAGGACUGGGCAUUGUAGCACCUAAUGCUGCUUUCACACAGAUGGUGACGACGUUUGGCCUCUCUGGGAUAGUGGGGUAUCACACAGUCUGGGGUGUGACUCCUGCUCUGCACUCCCCACUCAUGUCUGUGACUAAUGCUAUCUCAGGUCUGACUGCAGUUGGUGGGCUGGUACUGAUGGGAGGACAUUAUCUCCCUCAAAACAUUUCCCAAAGCCUAGCAGUGCUUUCAGCCUUUAUAUCUUCAGUCAAUAUUGCAGGUGGCUUUUUAGUUACACAGAGAAUGCUGGAUAUGUUCAAACGUCCCACAGACCCUCCUGAGUACAACUACUUGUACCUGCUCCCUGGUGGUGUAUUUGUAGGAGGCUAUGCAGCUGCUCUCAGUGGUGGCUAUAACAUUGAACAAGUGAUGUAUCUAGGCUCAGGACUGUGCUGUGUUGGUGCCCUGGCUGGUUUGUCUACCCAAGGAACAGCUCGUCUUGGAAAUGCUUUGGGUAUGAUUGGUGUUGCAGGAGGAUUAGCUGCAACUCUUGGAAGCCUUAAUCCCUCGCCUGAAUUGUUGGCACAGAUGUCAGGUGCAAUGGCACUUGGUGGGACCAUAGGUUUGACAAUUGCUAAACGCAUCCAGAUUACAGAUCUGCCUCAGCUAGUGGCUGCUUUCCACAGUUUGGUCGGUUUGGCUGCUGUGCUCACCUGUGUAGCAGAGUACAUGAUUGAAUAUCCUCACUUUGCCACCGAUCCUGCUGCAAACCUCACCAAGAUUGUGGCAUAUCUUGGCACGUACAUUGGUGGAGUGACAUUCAGUGGCUCUCUUGUUGCGUAUGGAAAACUGCAAGGUAUCCUGAAUUCUGCACCUCUGCUCUUGCCUGGUCGACAUGCAUUGAAUGCAGGAUUGCUGGCUGCCAGCAUUGGUGGGAUGAUACCCUACAUGAUUGAUCCUUCUUACACCACGGGAAUUACUUGCCUGGGUUCUGUGUCAGCACUCUCAGCCAUAAUGGGUGUCACUUUAACAGCAGCUAUUGGAGGUGCUGACAUGCCUGUAGUUAUUACUGUCCUGAACAGUUACUCUGGAUGGGCUCUGUGUGCUGAGGGCUUUCUCCUGAACAACAACUUGCUGACCAUUGUUGGUGCACUCAUAGGAUCCUCUGGGGCCAUCCUCUCCUACAUCAUGUGUGUGGCUAUGAACCGUUCCCUUGCAAAUGUGAUUCUUGGGGGCUAUGGCACUGCAUCAACAGCUGGUGGGAAACCCAUGGAAAUUACUGGAACUCACACAGAAAUCAAUGUGGACAAUGCAGUUGAAAUGAUAAAAGAAGCCAAUAGUAUUAUUAUUACUCCAGGUUAUGGUUUGUGUGCAGCAAAAGCUCAGUACCCAAUAGCUGAUCUGGUGAAGAUGUUGAGAGAACAAGGGAAAAAUGUCAGGUUUGGUAUUCACCCUGUGGCUGGCCGUAUGCCUGGUCAGCUGAAUGUACUGCUAGCAGAGGCUGGUGUUCCCUAUGAUAUUGUACUGGAAAUGGAUGAAAUCAAUGAAGACUUCCCAGAAACUGACUUGGUCCUUGUAAUUGGUGCAAAUGAUACAGUUAAUUCAGCAGCUCAGGAAGAUCCGAACUCUGUCAUAGCUGGAAUGCCAGUUCUUGAGGUCUGGAAGUCCAAACAGGUCAUUGUAAUGAAGAGAUCUCUGGGAGUUGGUUAUGCAGCGGUGGACAAUCCCAUCUUCUACAAGCCCAAUACUGCCAUGUUGUUGGGAGAUGCUAAAAAGACCUGUGAUGCCCUGCAGGCCAAAGUCAGGGAAUCGUACCAAAGCUAAAUACUGAUUUAUAUUCUGCUCAUAUUUCCGACUACAGUUUUGUCACAGAGGUCACAGAAAAUGAGAGGUGGAAGAAUCUCUCAAUGUCCUAAGGCAGCUGGCUUUUGGAGAAGACUGCAUUGACUCCUAGGAGAUGUAGUUCAGUCAGGGGAUAUAGACUUUUCUAAAAAGAUGGGCAGAUUAGCCCUUCAAACUAAAUCUCCAAUGAGACAAUGCAUAAAAGAAUGAAAAUGUUCUUUUUAAGGUCAACAUUGUGCUGUUACAAGAAGGAACUAAUAACUCACGCCCAUCUUUAAGUAGUUACUGACUUCCUCCUCCUUACUGUCUCUACUUCUGUCAUGGAAAUUCACUAAAAAAUACUGUGCCAAAACUGUAUUCAGUCUUAUCAUCAAAGCUGUUUUUUGGCUGGUAUGGACAAUGCAACUGUUGAUUUCAUCAAAACUUAAAAAUAAAUUUCAAACAGAUGCGAGCAGAAGCAAGUCCUUGCAUGUCCCUUCAAACUCGGGACAUUCUCUGAAACAGAUAUGUACAUGAUGUGAGAUCUAAGCAUAAUGUUCUUUUUCUUUUGGGGAUUGUAUGGAUGCUGUGAAUCAGGAACAUUUUAGGAAAGUCACUUUUCUUUAAAAUACGGUUCCACUUUUUAUGGUGCACACAUAUGUUAAAUGAAACACAGGAUAUCAGGCACUUGCCAAGUAAUCUUCAAGUCUGACAAGGAAAUGUGCAUUUACUUGCACUGCUUACCUAUUUUAAGCAGCUGCUAAAUUCUCCAUCAUUUCCAGUCGUUUGCCUUUUUAAGUGUCUGAGAAAGAAUAUGGUCCAGUUCUGCACUGGCAGUAUGUCUUGCAUACCUGAUCUGUUCACAGAAUUUGGACCACAGUGUUUCAGUUUAUUCACUUAGUUUUUAAUUGUACUUACUACUUUAGUAGUAGUGAUGCUUUCUUGUGAUGCUGAAAAAACCACGUUUGAACUCUCACUGUCUAUUCUGUUCUUGUGAGAUCCCACCUGGAUUGCUGUCUUCAGCUCUGGGGCCCCCAACACAAGAAAGAUGUUGACCUGUUGGAACGAAUCCAGAGGAGGCCGCUAAGCUGAUCACAGGCCCUGAGCACCUCUGCUGUGAGCACAGGCUGAGAGAGCCAGGAUGCUCGUCAGGGAGCAGAGGAGGCAUUGUGACACCUUGUAGCACCUUCCAGUACCUAAAAGGGCAAAGAGUGCGGGAGAAGGACUUUUCACAUGGGCAUGUAGUGACAGCACAGAGGGGAAUGGCUUCAGACUGACAGAGGACAGGUUUAGACUAGAUGUUAAGAAAUUCUUUGCUGUGAGAGUGGUGAGGCUCUCACAGUAAAGAAGGGUUCCCAGAGAAGCUGUGGAUGUCCCAUCCCUGGAAUUGCUCAUGACCAAGGCUGUAUGGGGCUCUGAGCAACCUUGUCUGGUGGAAGGCUCCCUGCCCAUGGGAUUCCAAUUGCACCUGGAUGGUCUUUAAGGUCCCUUACAACCCAAGCCAUUCUAUGCUUCUAUAUUUAAGAUGCUGGAGUUCAUUAGAAUUUUUCUAAAUAAAUAAGCUAUUGUUGGGACAGCAAAGACACAUACUAAACUUAAAAGCCAGUGUUUUGAUUGUUUGACUUUUCACUAAUCUAAUUAAAAGCCUGUUUAAUUUCCAUAAGUCCAGCAAAUUUAAAUUAUGACAUAGAUUGCUGUUUUGUUUUUUUAUUUUAGUAAGUAUCCUCAACUGAAAUUCAAAUAUUUGCCUAAUAACAUGGAUUUGUCAUAGUUCCAUAAUGAUAUAGCAGCUGUCCGUGGUGAAAAGGCGAAAUAGAAAUCACUGUCUUUGUGUUAGAGAAGACGAACUAUUUCGAAGAAAGUCUUGAAAUGAAUGCAUCUUGAUUAAGAAAACAAACAUUAUUACACCAUGCAUAGAGACCUCAUAUAAAAUACAGCAUUUCUUCUUGGCUACCUCUGUUUUUUUGUGACGAUCGCUUAAAACACAGAUUUUGAACAGGUAAUACAUUAAAAAUGUAACAAUAUACAGCAGAUCUAUAAUUUUUGCAGAUCUCUUUUCUAUAAAGAUUUGACAUAAAAUUUUUCAUGCAAGCACUAAUAUGUUGUAUACUGCAGGAAAAGGCUUGUAAUUGAAUUUUAAUUUAAAACACUGUGACAGCUAUAUUUGAAUGUAGCAUGUAUAGCUUCUCAAUUUCAUUGCAUUCAACUUUUCCUUCAGGUCUAUAAAAAGGAGGGAAAUUGGAGAAGAGGGAAGACAAAAAUUAAUUCUCCAUCUCCCUCCCAGUUAAGCAAAAGAAAAAAAGGGGGAUAUGAAGGGAUUUAACAUGCUAAAGCAUUAAUUUUUGGCUUGUCAAACUUGAAGUAUCCAGCUGCAGUACGCAUCAUGUGCGUUCAUAGAUAGCUAAUAAAAGAUCUAGCUUUUCUUUAAAAAAUAGCAUAUGGGGGAGGGGGAACACUUUUUCAUUUGUACUUGGAGAAAAACCCCAUUCUGUUACUUUGGAUCAGUAGUACCAUGGUUCUCUUUAACAUGUGCUUUACCAUGGAACACUAGAUAGUUGCUGAAGUGCUAAUAAAAAGUCAGUUAUUUUUCUCUGUUGUUCACUGUGUUUUUUUUUUCUCCUCUUGUUUUUCCUGAGUAGUUAAGGUUACUUUUGAAAGUUAAAAAAAUCAAGCUGCCACCAAAGGAUGUUAACAUUGAAGGCUGUAGUGAAUGGAAAUCAUAAUAAAAUAUUCUUUUUUCUUUUC